AUGCUCGGCAAAAUCGCCCUCGAAGAAGCCUUCGCGCUGCCUCGCUUCGAAGAGAAGACUCGCUGGUGGGCCGGCCUGUUCUCCACCGACGUCGAAACCCACGUCAAAGAGAUCACCGACAUCAACAAGAUCCGCAUUCAGCACGCCGACAAGCACGGCGUCGGCUACCAGAUUCUCUCGUACACAGCCCCCGGAGUCCAGGAUAUCUGGGACCCGGUGGAGGCGCAGGCCCUGGCGGUUGAGAUCAAUGACUAUAUCGCGGAGCAGGUGCAGGCGAAUCCGACGAGGUUCGGAGCUUUUGCCACGCUAUCCAUGCACAACCCCCAAGAAGCAGCGUCCGAGCUCUGCCGCUGCGUCGAAAAAUACGGCUUCAAAGGCGCCCUAGUGAACGACACACAGCGAGCCGGCCCCGACGGCGACGACCUCAUCUUCUACGACAACGCCUCGUGGGACAUAUUCUGGCAAACGUGCGCCGACCUCGACGUGCCGUUCUACCUGCACCCACGGAACCCCACCGGCACGAUCUACGAGAAGCUCUGGGCCGACCGCAAAUGGCUCGUGGGGCCGCCGUUGAGCUUCGCGCACGGCGUCAGCCUGCACGUGCUGGGGAUGGUGACGAACGGGGUAUUCGACCGGCACCCGAAACUGCAGGUCAUCAUGGGCCAUCUGGGCGAGCAUGUGCCGUUCGACAUGUGGCGGAUCAACCACUGGUUCGAGGACCGCAAGAAGCUGCUGGGACUGGCGGAGACGUGCAAGAAGACGAUUCGGGAGUAUUUCGCCGAGAAUAUCUGGAUCACGACGUCGGGGCAUUUCUCCACCACGACGCUGAACUUCUGCAUGGCGGAGGUCGGCGCCGAUCGUAUUCUCUUCUCCAUUGAUUAUCCGUUCGAGACGUUCGGGGAUGCCUGUGAGUGGUUUGAUCAUGCGGAGUUGAAUGGCACGGAUCGGUUGAAGAUUGGGCGUGAGAAUGCGAAGAGGUUGUUUAAGUUGGGGCCGUAUCAUGAUAGCACAGCUUGA